CAGUCGGUCGGGAUUUCGGAACCACGGGAGAAUCGCCGGAAAGGGCUUUGGUGAUAAAAAAAAAAAAAAAAGCACCCUUUGGGAGUAUACACCAUACUGAAUGCGGUUAUAAACACACAACGAGCUACCUUGUCCCGUAUUUCACGAUGGAAACUGAACUAUGAGGUGUUGUGCAGUGAAGAAGACUGAGUGAACCAUGGCGCAGUUCCCCACCACAUUCACAGGUCCAGAUGUUUUUCUGAUCUCUGUGGAUGAGAGAGCCAAACAUGAUCAGCAGUUUCACAGCCUCUCUCCCACUGCCGGGGGUUACAUCACAGGCGAUCAAGCCAGGAACUUCUUCCUUCAAUCAGGAUUGCCCCCUCCCAUCCUGGCCCAAAUCUGGGCUCUGGCUGAUAUGAACAGUGAUGGCCGUAUGGACAUCCAUGAGUUCUCCAUCGCCAUGAAACUCAUCAAACUGAAACUCCAAGGUCACCCUCUUCCCCCUGCACUUCCGCCCAGUAUGAAACAACCCCCACUGCCUUUACCCCCUCCAUCUGGCUUUGGCAUGCCCCCCAUGGCUUCAAUCACAGCGCCUCUUUCAGGCGUGCCUCCGCUCCCUCUCCCUCCGCUCCCUGUAGGGGUGUCUCCCCCGCUCGUCUCGUCCGCCCCGCCUCCCCUCCCCCAACCCAUCGCCAAUGGAGCUCCUCCCACAGGCAUGAUGCAGCCCAUCUCAGGCUUCUCCCACACAGCUCCCUCUGUCAACAAGUCGUCUUCAUUUAAUCGUUCAAGUACCAAGCUGCAGAAGGGGUCAUCCUUUGAAGCUGCCAGUGUUCUGCCGCCCCCGGAUUGGGCCGUUCCUCAGUCCUCCAGGCUGAAGUACAGACAGCUUUUUAACUCCCAUGACAAAAUGAUGAGCGGCCAUCUCACCGGUCCGCAGGCUCGCACUAUCCUGAUGCAGUCCAGUCUUCCGCAGGGCCAGCUGGCCACGAUAUGGAGUCUAUCCGAUAUCGACCAGGAUGGAAAGCUAACAGCCGAGGAGUUCAUCUUAGCAAUGCACCUCAUAGAUAUGGCUAUGUCAGGGUUACCGCUUCCCCCUGUGUUACCUCCAGAUUACCUCCCACCUACUUUCAGGCGGGUGCGGAGUGACAGUGUUCAGUCUGACCAGAAGAGCGUGCAGGAGGAGGUAGAGGAGGAGGCUGAGAGCAGCCAGGAUAAGAAGCUACCAGUGACAUUUGAGGAUAAGAAAAGGGAGAACUUUGAACGGGGAAACCUGGAGUUGGAGAAGAGACGGCAGGCUCUGCAGGAGCAACAGAGAAAAGAGCAGGAGAGGCUGGCUGCACUGGAGAGAGAGGAGCAGGAGAGAAAGGAGCGUGAGCGUCUGGAGCAGGAGAGGAGACGACAACAUGAACUCGAAAAACAGCUGGAGAAGCAGAGAGAGCUGGAGAGGCAGCGAGAAGAAGAGAGGCGUAAAGAGAUAGAGAGGAGAGAGGCAGCUAAGCGUGAAUUAGAGCGCCAGCGUCAGCUCGAGUGGGAGCGUCAACGUCGCCAGGAGCUGCUGACUCAAAGAAACCGAGAGCAGGAGAGCAUAGUGCUGCUCAAAGCCAGAAAGAAGACCCUGGAGUUUGAACUGGAGGCUCUGAAUGAUAAGAAGAGCCAGUUAGAGGGCAAGCUGAAGGACGUUAGGUUUCGUCUGUCAGCUCAGCGGAGGGAGGUGGAGCAGACCAAUCAGAGCAGAGAAACCCGCAUCGCUGAAAUCACUCUCCUGCAGCAGCAGUUACAGGACUCCCAGCAGUGGUUGGGGAGGUUGAUCCCUGAUAAACAGAGUCUGAACGAUCAGCUCAAACAGGUUCAACAGAACAGCCUGCAACGUGAUAGUCUGUCGUCCCUGCAGAAGGCUGUGGAGCAGAAGGAGACCAGCAGACAGCAGCUCAGAGAACAGUUAGACGCUGUGGAGAGAGAAACGAGGGCCAAACUGCUGGAGAUAGACGCUUUCAACACCCAGCUGAAGGAGCUGAGGGAAAUCCACAGCCGGCAGCAGCGACAGAAGCAGAAGGAUCUGGAAGGAGACACGCUCACACUGACACACACACACUCUCAAAUGCACACCCCGAUCGAGAGGAAGUCUGCUGAAUUGCAGGAGAGCAGAUUGUCAUCAGAGGAGAGCGUGGCCUGGAGGGAUGAAGCAGCAGGCUCUGCCCCCAGAGCUCCUAGCCCCCCCUCCAUCUCUGCACCCCAUGCCUGGCUGAACCGAGUGACUCAGGAAGAAGAGGAGAGGAAGAGGAGAGGGCUGGACGAGGAGGAAGAGGGUGUGAAGGGAGAGGGACCACUAGAAGAGAGUGACGAUGAGGGGAGAGGAAAGAUGGACAUGCAGGAGAAACUUACCAAGAUGUUCAGCCAGCCGGCCGACCCCUGGGCUUCAACAGUGGAGAGGGCUCCAGUACCCAGUCUGUUUGACCAGAAGGCACCAGUCAGUAGCUUCGAUCAGCAGCAGUCGGUGAAGGUGGUCUACUACCGAGCCGUGUAUCCGUUUGAUGCUCGCAGCCAUGAUGAGAUCAGUAUCGCCCCCGGAGAUGUUAUCAUGGUGAAGGGGGAAUGGGUGGAUGAAUCUCAAACAGGUGAACCUGGUUGGCUGGGAGGAGAGCUCAGGGGCCGAACUGGUUGGUUUCCUGCCAAUUAUGCUGAACGGAUACCCGACAGUGAAGCACCGAUCAGCCUACGUGCAGCCGCUUCAGCCACACCCACCUCAACACAGCAACCAAUGACCACGCCUCCCCCAGCCCCCGGACAAACGUCCUCUUCAGCGUCCUCCGCCAACAGUAACUGGGCCGAUUUUAGCACCACUUGGCCCUCCAAUACAGCCAGUCAGUCAGAGAGUGAGGGGUGGGACGCAUGGCCAACCUCUACGGCCAGUCAGAAUCCAUCGCUCAGCGUACCCUCAGCGCAGCUACGACAACGCUCUGCCUUUACACCUGCUACCAUGACAACAGGCUCCUCUCCUUCUCCUGUGCUCGGACAGGGGGAGAAGGUGGAGGGUCUUCAGGCUCAGGCUUUGUAUCCCUGGAGAGCGAAGAAAGACAACCACCUCAACUUCAACAAAAAUGAGAUAAUAACCGUAUUGGAGCAGCAGGACAUGUGGUGGUUAGGUGAACUGCAGACCGGACAGAGAGGCUGGUUCCCCAAAAGUUACGUCAAGCUCAUCUCUGCCACCAUAACAGCCCCCGCUGUCGUCGCAGCACGCAGCAAAAACACCAGUGAAUCAGGAUCAUCAGAGAGCCCACCCAAUGGGAAACGCCCUUCCCCUUCCCCAACCAAACCCUCUGAAUCUGGAGAAGAGUACUUGGCCAUGUACACCUAUGAGAGCAGCGAACAAGGUGACCUCAGUUUCCAGCAAGGAGAAGUCGUCAUGGUGACCAGGAAAGAAGGGGAUUGGUGGACGGGCAUGGUCGGGGGAAAGACAGGAGUCUUCCCUUCUAAUUAUGUCAAACCACGAGACUCGGCCUCGGAGUCUUUGGGACCAGCAGGGAAGACAGGCAGUCUGGGAAAGAAGCCAGAAAUUGCUCAGGUGAUCGCCCCUUACAGUGCCACAGGAGCCGAGCAGCUGACGUUAGCUCCAGGACAGCUCAUCCUCAUAAGAAAGAAGAACCCAGGGGGCUGGUGGGAGGGGGAGCUCCAGGCCCGGGGGAAAAAGCGGCAGAUAGGCUGGUUCCCUGCAAACUAUGUGAAGCUGCUCAGUCCAAGCACCAGCAAGACGACACCCACAGAGCCCACCCCUCCAAAACUGGCUCCUGCCAGCACAGCUGUGUGUCAGGUGAUCGGCAUGUACGACUACAUCGCCCAGAACGACGACGAGCUGGCCUUUCAGAAGGGUCAGGUGAUCACAGUGCUCAGCAAAGACGACUGUGAUUGGUGGAAAGGAGAGCUCAACGGAAGGGAGGGUCUGUUUCCGAGCAAUUACGUCAAACUCACCACAGAUACCGACCCGAGCACGCAGUGGUGUGCUGACCUUCACCUGCUGGACAUGCUGAGUCCCAUGGAGAGGAAGAGGCAGGGUUACAUCCACGAGCUGAUCGUCACUGAGGAGAACUACGUCAAUGACCUACAGCUCGUCACAGAGAUCUUCCACAAACCUCUGCUGGAGUGUGAGCUGCUGACGGAGAAGGAAGUGGCCAUGAUCUUUGUCAACUGGAAGGAGCUCAUCAUGUGCAACAUCAAACUGCUCAAGGCUCUGAGGGUGAGGAAGAAGAUGUCAGGUGAUCGGAUGCCAGUGAAGAUGAUUGGUGACAUCCUGACCAACCAGCUGCCUCACAUGCAGCCAUACAUCAGAUUCUGUUCGUGUCAGCUGAACGGAGCGACGCUGAUUCAACAGAAAACUGACGAUAACCCUGAGAUCAAAGACUUCCUGAAGAGGUUGGCCAUGGAUCCCAGGUGUAAGGGGAUGCCUCUGUCUAGCUUCCUGCUCAAACCCAUGCAGAGGGUCACACGCUACCCGCUUAUCAUCAAGAACAUCUUAGAAAACACUCCAGAGUCCCAUCCAGAUCACAGUCACCUAAAGGCUGCUCUGGAGAAAGCCGAGGAGCUGUGCUCACAGGUGAAUGAGGGCGUCAGGGAGAAGGAGAACUCCGAUCGUCUGGAGUGGAUUCAGGCUCAUGUCCAGUGUGAAGGCCUGUCUGAGCAACUGGUGUUUAACUCGGUCACAAACUGUCUGGGUCCAAGGAAGUUUCUUCACAGUGGGAAGUUGUUUAAAGCAAAGAGCAGCAAGGAGCUGUACGGCUUCCUGUUCAAUGACUUCCUGCUGCUGACACAGGUGACCAAACCUCUGGGCUUCUCAGGCUCGGACAAAGUAUUCUCCUCGAAAACACACCUGCAGUACCGCAUGUACAAAACGCCCAUUUUCCUGAAUGAAGUGUUAGUAAAGCUGCCAACAGACCCGUCAGGAGACGAACCUCUGUUCCACAUCUCUCACAUAGACAGAGUUUACACACUCCGAGCUGAGAGCAUCAACGAAAGGACGGCGUGGGUUCAGAAAAUCAAGGCCGCUUCAGAACUCUUUAUUGAAACAGAGAAGAAGAAGAGAGAGAAGGCAUAUCUAGUGCGAUCUCAGAGGGCGACAGGUAUCGGCAGACUGAUGGUAAACAUCGUGGAGGGGAUUGAACUCAAACCCUGUCGCUCUCACGGGAAAAGUAACCCAUACUGUGAGGUAACCAUGGGUUCACAGUGCCAUAUCACAAAAACAUUACAGGACACUUUGAAUCCCAAGUGGAACUCCAACUGUCAGUUUUUUAUAAAGGACCUGGAGCAGGACGUCCUCUGUGUCACUGUGUUUGAACGAGACCAGUUUUCACCUGAUGACUUCCUGGGCAGGACAGAGAUCAGGCUGGCUGAAAUAAAGAAGGACCAGGGAUCUAAAGGACCAAUCACAAAGAGGUUACUGCUCCACGAGGUUCCCACGGGGGAGAUCGUGGUCAGGUUGGACCUGCAGCUGUUUGAAGAACCAUAAAAACUGGACGGGAGCUUACUGGACGUUUUAAAAAAAAAAAAAAAAAAAAAAAGGACCUUAAAGAUAGAAUUAGGACUCGUCAGAUGGGCUGGACUGGACUGGACUGGUCUGGUCUUUUCUUAGUCUGGGCUAGUUAGGGCUGUUCAUUCAUUAGGUUAGGUUAGUGAUGCUGAAUUUUGGCCCUCCCUAAAUUCAGGAUGCGUCAGUUGAUCUCCUGCCCUCAGCAGAACAUGGAAACAAUUUGUGAUCGAUAUGAUGUUCAUCAAUGCAUCCAGUCUGUCUCCUUUAGCUGUCUUAUAAGCAGAGUCAUUGGAGUGCUAUUAAAUUCACAAGCUAGUCAGUAUUUUAAAUGUAUUGCUGUCACAGUGCAGACAGUAGGGGGCAGUGUGAGAAAUCUUAAAAAGUUGUUUUACACCACAUAUCUUCACAGGAAACAAGGAGUUUAUAAUAUCAUUUUCAAUGACAUAUCAGAUUCAAACCAUGACUACACUCUGCUGCCUGCAGGUUCUGAUCAAUCAAAUGUCCAGGCUAAAAUCUUCUUACACAUAUGUUUUCAUAUUAUUAUUAUAAUUUUUCAGAAAUGUAGCAGUCUCUUCUUCUCUGUUCUAUGAUGGAAGAUGCAAACGACGAGAACACUCUUUAACAAUCAUUUCUUACACCUGCCUCCCCUGUGCUAACAGGUUAGCUAGCUCAUUAUCAAUGAUCUUUCAAUGCCAGGGAAUAAAAAUCCAUGAAGUCACGUUUCCAAUCCAGUCCAGUCCAGUCGACGACCCCUCCGCUUUUAGCCUGGUCCAGAUCAGGAUUUGAGUCCAGUCUGGUCCAGUCGAAUCAACAUGAGUCCUCUUAGAGAUGGGAUCCGGGUCUUUACUGUUUUCUCUUCCCCCGCUUCACCAGACAGACUCAGAGACACUCCAGUGACAAUCCUAUUCCUCCUUCUUAGCCCCAACAAACCCCAAACCCCCGUGUGUGUGUGUGUGAGAGAGAGAGAGAGAGAGAUAUUGUGUUAAUGAGAGCGUGUAUGUGAUGUAAGCGAGGGCGAGACAGACGUCUGCUGUGAAUGUCUGUAUGUUUACGUAUGUGUCAAGGUGGACAGGUUAAUUAACGGUACCUUUGAGUGUACAUUUCCUUUCAUGUUUACGUCAAGUCUUACCAAACUCUCUGUCAGAGUCUUAAGGUGGAGUGUUCAGGUACUGUGCACGUACAGGGGGCUUUUGAUUUUUUGCUCUUUCUGACCUUUACUGCACACUUGUCACAUUAACGCUGAAAAAAUUGUACAGGGUCAAAGAGCUAAGGAUGCUAGUAAGCUGAAGAUAGAAAGUUUUUACUUCUAUAUAUGACAAGUGCCCAGUGGAGAUAAAUUACAGACAAGUCAAGAUGAGCCUUUCAGAUGUAUCAAUAAAAGUAAUGCUGAUAAUAAUAAUAAUGCUAGGGAACAGGCGUGACAGCUAAUUUGAAUAAGGUACUGUAUGGAGGAAUGUCUUCAUUUGCAUAACUUUAAUUUUGGAUGUUGGAUGCACAUGGGGGUUGUAGUUUUAGGUCAUUUUUGCCACACAUUUAACCUCCGUUGCUAUGUUGCUGCUGUGCGGCUGUAUCACAGUGGAAGUCUCUAUGCAGGGAAGACAACCCUGAAUGAAUCAAAGGGGGCCCCGAGCUGGAUAGAGGCCCUCUCACAUGCUAGGUACGACAUUCAUGUAUUGAAUAGCAAAAUACUUUUAGUACAUUUCCACACUCUAACUCUGAGGAAGCUCAGUGUUGAAAGCACUUUUUUUUUUUAAAAAAAACACUGUCGCUGGCAUUUAGAGCCGAGCAAGACGUGACUCAACACGAUUUGAUGGCGGCCAUUUUGAAUAGUAAUGUCAGGAAACUUGAUUAGACAUAUCAAGGGAACAUUUUAAAGAACAACACUGGUCAUUUUAAUGUGUGAGUUAAAUUUUAGAAAUGGCAAAUUCAUGAAAAAGUUUCAUUUCAAUUCAGUGGUUUUCACAAAGCCCAGACACUUAGCUAACAUUACUCAAACAGAAGUACAAAGUGUACUCUUUUUUUUUAUUCAAUUAGUUCCUGUUAGUAGGAUAUGGAUCAAAUCACAACAUGCUCACUAAUGUGUUUUUAAUAGAUUUCAAACGGUAGACGAUGAGGAAUGAGAUCAGACUUUAAAUACACAGGAAACUCUAGUUAGUUGGAUAGAUUUGUUGUGUUGUUGUUUUAGACUUUUGGUUGACAAUGAGGAAAUAUACAUAUGACAGGUUUAAUCCUUAGAAGCUAAUUUUUGCUUCAAAAAAUUAUAAAACUUCAAAUGCACUAAACAGGUUCCAUAUUUUCUAGACAUUUUGAGAACAAAAGUUUAAAUGACUGAUAAAAGUUAGCAAGUAAUUGGCUCGCGUGUUAGCCAUAGCCUACGUCUAAGUCUAGCCUUAGUCUUGACUGUGGCAGCUUAAAGGUACUUAAAGGUAAAUACUUCAUAUUUCUGAACUUUGAUGUGAUCCAAAAACGUAAAGUUUUAGGGAUCCAAAGGCUUUUGAAUUUGUUCGGAAAUGAGGUAGGCUAUUUAAAAGAUUAGCUCUAAUAGCUGCCACUUACUUCCUGUGCCUUCACGUUGAGGUUUUGCUAAAGUUCAAGCAUCUUUUUCCAUUCUUUGUUGUACUGCUUUGUCUUUUUAAUUUGUCAUUUAAUUUGUGAGCAUAUCAUUAUUGUGAGUUCUUCUGAAUUUCCAAAGUCAGGGGUUUCUUGACGGCAGUAUUAAUCAUCUUUCCAAACCUUACUAUUCAAAAUGGCCUCUGCAUUAGUCCGUUGGACACAUAACUAUGCCAGUUCGUAAAACAGAGUAAUAGAUAUGUAAGUUAGUUAGUUAGCAAUUUGCCAAGUUAGUGAAAAUAAGGGAAUUUCAUUUAACGCCAAUGGUACCACCACAGAGACAACCAAUAGUUACCUUAGUGACCAGCCACUGUCCAAUUAGACGUCAGCAAGGCUCAGCCAGGUGCAGCAGCUUGACUGUGGAGGAAGGUGUGAACGAAUGUUUCUGUCUCCCCAGACUGAAGCCGAUGAUGAUGAUGAUAAUAAUGAAUGAUAAUGAUGAAUUUGUCUUAGAUCCCUAUACUGUUCUCUGGCCCCCUCCCCCCUCCACGCUGUACUGAAACUAACCUAAUCCAGUUUGAACCUGUUCUUACUGUUCCAGGUUGUGUAUAAUACUACUGCUAUCUGAGAGUUAAUAUAUGAGCGCUACGGGGGCGAUAGAGACAGCCUGCUGUUAAUUAUCACUGUAGAAGAUGAUGUACGUUGUUGUCUUUCAAUGUUCAGAAUAAACUUCCGUUGGACCAAGA